AUGGACAAGGUUAAGAGAAUGGCUCGUGGACAGCAAAAACUACAAUCUCAAGCCAAAGCUGCUGAAAAACAAUCUAAGUUAAAGAAACAACAAGGCCACAGCGCAACAGAUCAAAAAAAAGCUGCCCAAAAAGCACUUGUACAUGUAUGCGUUGUAUGCAAGGCACAAAUGCCAGAUCCAAAGACAUACAAGCAACACUUUGAAAACAAACAUCCUAAAAAUGAUUUACCUGAAGAUUUGAAGGCUAUUUGA